GACUUUAUUGUCUCUCUCUAUAAACGUGCGGAAAAUUACGUACUCAAUAAUCAUCAUCGCCAGACCGACGCAGAAAUUGAACAAAUUCGAGAAUAUCGCGAAGCAAUAGAAACAAUCUAUCAUUUAAGAGGUGAACGACGACAUUCCAGAUCACAGACGGUUCAGCAUGUGUCAGAAGAAGCUCCAACACUUGUUUUGAACGAGACGGAUGUGAUUGACGCUACUCCAAUAAUACAAAUUGCGAAUCAGCAAGUGAUUCCGUCGAAAGAUGAGCUUUACGCAGUAUACGAAAAAGCUUUAGAACGCCAUAAAAAGAUAGUGAUGAAGAGACAAAAAACCAUAGAACAACUGGAGGAUCCCCAAAUUCCAGAAUUUGUCGUUACAGCUGCGGAGAAUUCAGAGGAAGAAGUUAUCGUUGCUGAACAGUUGGAGAAGGUUCCACGAAUUAGUUCGAAUUGCUCCACAUCGGCUCAACCUCAACCAACAGUUUUGACAUGCGAAGCUGAGCUCAAGCAAGUUCUUGAAAAUUUGAAUCCAGUGUCUUUGAAGGAAAAAAUUGAGGCAAAAAUUGAGGAAUCAGAGGUUGAAGAGGUGACUGAGCCAAAAAUGCGUCCAGCGGUAACAUCCAAGCACUGUCCAGAAAGGAGAAAUACUGUAGCUACAGUGCCCACAUUGCGAGAAGUCGCUGGCAAAGAUGUCAUAGUUCUCGACAAAUUUGAUUUUAUAGGAGAGUUUGAGAGGAGAUGUGGGAGAAAAAAGGCUGCACCUGGCCUAAGGAUGAAUCUUCCUGUGAUAGGAAAACCUCAGAAGGACAACAUCCAAAGCUAUCGCAGAAAAGGCUUAUUUGACGACGUGGACUAUCGCAGACCUCCAAAUUUGCACAAAUUUCACUCUUUGGAUAAGGACGAUCGCAUAGCAGCAGCACAUAGCAUAUACACUUGCGAGGAAGAGAAGGAACUUGAAGGCGAAGCCACUAAUGAGGACAUUCAGAAUAAUAACAACUCAUUUGAAUCCUAUUUGACUGGGAAAAUUAUAAGAGCAGUUUUAGCAGAAAAGCCAGUGAGUCCAAUUUCUCCUACCAGAAGAAUGUCAAUGAUUAGUUAA